CCUUCCCAUUCUCUGCCCUCCUCAUCCCGCCUGUCUGCUGCCUGCUCUCCCCGCAUCCAUAGCAAGCUUCCCGCACUCAUUCAGCUCCUGCUCCCGCACCUCCUCUAAUGAUAGAAGUGCCUGAUUGAAGCUGCGGGAUCAGCGGCGCGUUUAGCGGUUUCUGUUUGCCUCAUUCAUCCACCCUAAGGUGCUCCUCCCGUCUCUGCAUCAAAAGCCCUGGUGCCAUGCAGGAGGUGUAACCCUCCACCCGUUUCUUCUUUGUGUGCCACGGAAAUCGUCAGCCAAGCCGAGUCAAGAUGUCAGACUCCUCAUUGCCGACAGACGCCCAGCUGCCUUUGACGUCCCCGCGUACCCCCCUGCAGCUUUCCUUUCCUUUCCUGAGGGAAGGCAGCCGUGUUUGGGAGAGGGAGAGGAAGCCGCCUCAGCCUGGAGAGCUACCCAGCCCACUGCCAACAAAACGCACCCGGACAUACUCAGCGACGGUACGAGCCAGAUCAGGUCCUGUUUUUAAGGGUGUGUGUAAAAACUUUUCCAGGUCUCAGGGUCAUGGAUUCAUUCGUCCUUCUCAUGGAGGAGAGGACAUCUUCGUUCACAUUUCUGACAUUGAAGGGGAGUAUGUGCCUAUGGAAGGGGAUGAGGUCACAUACAAGGUGUGUCCAAUCCCUCCCAAAAACCAGAAGGUCCAGGCUGUGGAAGUGAUCAUCACCCACCUGAACCCAGGCACCAAGCACGAGACCUGGUCAGGUCAGAUCAUCAGCUCCUAGACCGCUGCUCCGACUGCUGGAAAGUAAAGAGGGAUUAGGUUUUUUAUUUUAUUUUAAGUUUCAUGUUUUGUGGUGAAGGAGAUGAGAUCAGGUUUGGAGCAACUUGAUCUUCCUGAGAGGCGGAGGCGGAGCCACGGAUGUCCUGGCUUGGAGGUCGGCGUUUGCGGUUUGGCUUGAAAUCAAGCAAUGAAUGUAUCUGUCUGAAUGUUUCUCUGUGAAGGUUAUCAGGAUUUAAAUCUUUCUGUUUAAAGUUUUCUUCUUUUUUUGGACAGUAACACUUAAGAAAUUGUUUUUGAAAUCUUUGUUUACUUUGUUAGCUGGUUUUGAGGAUGUAGGACACUGGUUGAAUUGGGAUGUAAUACAAGAAGGUUUAAUAUAGACCCAAAGGAGUUUAGAUCAAACAAAAUAGUCACUUUUUAAAUUCAAUGGGACCAGUUUGUUGGAGCCAUCUACAAUACAAUACGCUGUAAACUGGAGCACAUUGGGCUGCCAAACAUAAAGGAAGAUUAAAAAAGCAUAUUUUUUUCUUUUUAUGUAGUAACAGACAGUGUUUUAGGGAGAAAAAACUGCCUUUUUUCCAACAUUACAGAAACACAUUUAUAGAUUAAUGCUAAAAUAACCACCUUGGUGUGAGUUCAGUUUUUCAGACUCUGUUUGUUCUAAAAUCAUUUUGGCCUCAGCAACUGUGUCAUCCUCAAGCAACAACAUUUGAUUCCUUUUCAGUAUUGGAGGACUUUUUGUUUACCGUACUAGAUAAGGGUGGAAAUCCACUGUUAUUGUAGCCAGCUCCUAUGACGGCCUUUAGCUUCCUGUGUAAAGACAGGAAAGAAGGCCAGAGGGUUUCGGUUGCGGACAGAAACCUGGAGACUGCAGGAGGACGAGAGGAGACACGGUUAGUUCGGAAAUGUUCAGAAGGAAGAGGAAGUUUUAAAGUCGACAGAUCAAAAACAAUCUGAAGGUGAACUUUAAAGAAAGAGUUUGAGAUGUUAGGGAAAUACAUGUAUUUGCUUGGUUGGCUCUUUACUUAAAAGAAGCUAUGGCUAGUUAGCUUAGUUUAACAAAGUAUUUAAACCUCUACAAAUCUUUUUAUCUAAAGCCGGGCAAACAAUGUAAGAUUUUUUUGCCCUUUUCGAGCGAUUCUCAAGUUGUGUGAGAAUUUUUCGA